GCGCAUGCGCGGGCCCCAGCGGCGUCCUCCCGGCUCCUUCCCUCCCUCAUCCGGGUCCUGGGCGAGCGGGCGCCGUGCGCGUGUCCCGCGGCCGAGCUGCUAAUAAAGUUGCGCGGAGGGGAAGCGCAGCGACGGCGCCGGGGGAGCGCGUCCAGCCGGCGGAGAGGAGGAUCGCGCUUAUCGGUGGGAAUCACGCUCCGCGCACUGGGGACCUGCCGCCGCGCUCAGCCGCUCGCUAGACCUGGUUUCUGCCGCUUGCCGUGCCGGUGUCCCCCCUGCAAACAUUUCUUCUUCUCCCUCGUGUGUGAACUUCUGCAUCGGUGCAAAAGGAGCAGUGCCAGGCGGCGCCCGCUUGCCUUCAUCGUAGUCGGUCUCCGCCGGGUCUUUCACUUGAGGAUCAGAGCUCACAUUCAUAUUCCCGUCUCCCCCCCCCCCCUUCCCCUCUCUUCCCCCUUUCAGCUGCUGUUAUUACGUGGAGUUUGGAGCCUAAGCGUUGAAAACUCCCAUGUGGCGCCUGUCUUAAAUCGGAGCAUGCUCAGUAGCCAAAAAAGCAGAUUUUUGGUCGCAAAAAAGAACUGGGGCGAGGAUAGUCCGGGUAUCUUGGACGCGUGCCCGAUUCCUAACAAAAUGUUCCAAUUCUGGUUUUGAUGGAGCUUGGAGCUGUAGGCCAUCCUGGAGGACUUGAACCAAUGAAAGAAUCUUAUGGCACUUAUGAAGAUAAAUGUCACUUCUCCCUUUUUAAUUGGAACUUCUGCUUAGAACCUGUAUGUGACUUUUCAUCCGUGAGCUGUUCUUUGAGUGGCCACUGACUGACUUUGAGUUGCAGGAAGGUCUCUGAAGAGUUAUAUCAAAUGACGUCAAUGGCCAGCUUGUUUUCCUUUACUAGUCCAGCAGUAAAGCGAUUGUUGGGCUGGAAGCAAGGUGAUGAAGAGGAGAAAUGGGCGGAAAAGGCAGUUGAUGCUUUGGUGAAAAAGCUCAAAAAGAAAAAGGGUGCCAUGGAAGAACUGGAGAAAGCCUUGAGCAGUCCAGGACAGCCGAGCAAAUGUGUCACUAUUCCCAGAUCUUUAGAUGGACGCUUGCAGGUUUCCCACAGAAAAGGCUUACCCCAUGUUAUAUAUUGUCGUGUUUGGCGCUGGCCUGAUUUGCAGAGUCAUCAUGAGCUCAAGCCAUUGGAUAUUUGUGAAUUUCCUUUUGGAUCUAAGCAGAAAGAAGUUUGUAUCAACCCAUACCACUAUAAGAGAGUGGAGAGUCCAGUCUUACCUCCAGUAUUAGUGCCUCGUCACAAUGAAUUCAAUCCACAACACAGCCUUUUGGUUCAGUUUAGAAACCUGAGCCACAACGAGCCGCACAUGCCACAGAAUGCAACGUUUCCAGAUUCCUUCCACCAGCCCAACAACACUCCUUUUCCCUUAUCUCCAAAUAGCCCUUAUCCCCCUUCCCCUGCUAGCAGCACAUAUCCCAAUUCCCCAGCAAGUUCUGGACCAGGAAGUCCAUUUCAGCUCCCAGCUGAUACUCCUCCUCCUGCCUAUAUGCCACCAGAUGAUCAAAUGGGUCAAGAUAAUUCCCAGCCAAUGGAUACAAGCAAUAAUAUGAUUCCUCAGAUUAUGCCCAGUAUAUCCAGCAGAGACGUUCAGCCUGUUGCCUAUGAAGAGCCCAAACAUUGGUGUUCAAUUGUCUACUAUGAAUUAAACAAUCGUGUUGGGGAGGCUUUUCAUGCAUCUUCUACUAGUGUGUUAGUAGAUGGAUUCACAGACCCUUCAAAUAAUAAAAGUAGAUUCUGCUUGGGGUUGUUGUCAAAUGUUAAUCGUAAUUCAACAAUUGAGAACACUAGACGACAUAUUGGAAAAGGUGUUCAUCUGUACUAUGUUGGUGGAGAGGUGUAUGCAGAGUGCCUCAGUGACAGCAGCAUAUUUGUUCAGAGUAGGAACUGCAACUUUCAUCAUGGCUUUCAUCCUACCACGGUCUGUAAGAUUCCCAGCAGUUGCAGCCUCAAAAUUUUUAACAACCAAGAGUUUGCUCAGCUUCUGGCUCAGUCUGUCAACCAUGGCUUUGAGGCAGUGUAUGAGCUCACCAAAAUGUGUACCAUCCGAAUGAGUUUUGUCAAGGGCUGGGGAGCCGAGUAUCACCGGCAGGAUGUUACCAGCACCCCCUGUUGGAUUGAGAUUCAUCUUCAUGGGCCUCUUCAGUGGCUGGAUAAAGUCCUUACUCAGAUGGGCUCCCCUCUGAACCCCAUAUCUUCCGUCUCAUAGUGCAGAAGUAGUCUUUUCAAUUAUAUUAUUAGCGGACUUGUUUUAAUUUUAGGGAAACCUUCAGUACAGAUACUGUGAGCUUACGUGGAAAACAGAUAUUACAGCUUAUUUUUUUUCUACAUAAUUGUGACCAAUACAUUUGUAUUUUGUGAUGAAUCUACAUUUGUUUGUUAUUUGUGUUCAUGUGAUUAACUAUCAAAAGUGUUGUGAGAAAUGCAAAGUAAGUAUUGUACCCCAGUUCACAAGUUUGACAUUGAUCUUAAACUGGGACACAGUUUUGCUGCCUUGUCCCAACCAACUUGUUAUUUGUUCAAGUUUUUUGAAAAAGUAAUACAUCACAUGAUGAAAAAUUAUAAUAGUUUAAGAAGGUAUACAGUAAAAAGUCUUCCCUUCUACUCUUCAUCCUGCAGAAGCUGUACUUUUACCAGUUUCUUUGUCCUACCAAUGUUAAGAAAGUGUAAUUCAUCGUUUCGUAAAAGCAUAUGGUAGGGGCUGAAAAGAAACUAUAAAAAACAAAACAAAACUUUUAUUUGAAGGAACACUAUGCACUGCUCUAACAAGUAGUGUUCAGUAAAAGUAAAGUCAUAGUUUUCUAGGCAAUGUCAUAAAAUUUGCAUUUAAUACACCUAAAUGUUUGUCAGUCAGUCUCCUGUGACUUCACUCGGUAUAUCUUUUGUAAAACAUUUCCUUUUUUUAAAAAAAGAAUUAUUGUAAACAACAGAUCUCCAUUAUAUGUCAUUUACUCAGAAUCUGUCCUAAAUACUACUUUUAUAGCUAGUGACAGUGCACGCCUGGCCUUGUUCAGCUUUGCUGCUUUUGGCCACUGUUGCAAGAACUCUAAUUUUGACAUGCAUUAAUCUUUUAUUUUGCACUUUGAUGGGUGACAGUUUUUAGUGUAACCUUUUGUGAAACACACUCAAGUGACUUAGACUUGGAUGCUCAUCCUUACUUCCUUGGUACCCCUUUUGUAUUAACAGACACUGCGGUUUAUAGAUGACAGUUGUAGAAGUUACACUUUCUCUAGCUUUUGUUGUAUUUUCAACCUAGAUGAUAAGACUGUUACUCUAUAGCUCCACCUGAAGGUGCCUUUUUAAUUCUCUGCUGCCUUAUGGGUGUUACUCCUGUUGGAGAGUCCCGUGCUUAAUCCCAUUGCUUUUACUGCCAUCAGUUGCCCUGAGUAAGGAAGGGACCCAGGGACUGUAGCCCGAAGCCUCUUCAGUCUAGCCCCAAGUUGAGGCUGCUGGUCUGGUACGUCCUUGAAGAAGCAGUGUUUGUUGAGAAUAGUUGACUUUAAUAUAGUCAUGUAUCAAAGAAUGCAGACUAUUCUCUCAGUUACCAUACAUGCUGCUGGUUUUCCAUUUUUGGGGGACCUCUGUGGACACUAGUCUCUCAGAACACAGUCCUCAGAGAGGAAAGAUGUGAAAACUCUAGCCAUUCAGUCAAUCAUGCUUGAAGGCUUUGGGUCAAGGGCUUUUAACCUCUUUUUCCUGAGAGCAGUCAAAUUUGUUAUGGCAUGAGAACAAAGACAUGGUUUCGGAAAAAAAAAAAAAAAAGACCUAAUUUACCUACCAGGGAAAGCUAUUUUCUGGUGCCUUUCGAAAGUAUAUGGAGCCAGUCUUCUAUUUAAAAUGUUAGUUUGGUUUGACUUUCUGCUUUUAAAAUUUUUUUUAAAUGCCUUUUUUUUUUUUUUUUUUUUUUUUUUUUAAGGAAAGGAGAAUGCACUUCAUUUUGUUUUCCAUGACAUUAUUUAUUACUUUUACGAAGUGCAGCCACUGCGGGGGUUUAGUUCUUUCAGGUGAAGUGCCAUAUGUAUUUCAGCUCACGGUCCUUUCUGGGUAAAAAGAUACUUUCUGACCAUCACCCGAGCUUCAGACAGAAGUUUUACAUGACAUGCAUUCUUAAUCUUCCAGAGUUGUGUCAGCCACAUGAAAAGAGAAUUAUUUGCUUGGUGUUAGAACCUCGCUAUUUACAUUAUUCUUUUAUUUAUCAGGCUUAUGGCAUAAUCUUUGGAACAAAUUUGUAGGAAAAAAAGCAUCCAUGUUGAAUGACAUACAUGUAUUCAAAAUCAGUGGAUUUGAACUGGUGGAACUAUUGAAUUGUUGUUUUCAAUUGAGGUAAUUAAAAAUUGUUUUUAGUUACAUUACAACCUUUAGAACUGGCAGGGUUUUAUGUGUUUGGCCUUUUCUGUGUUUUCCUUAAGACAUUUUAUCUCAUGGAGGACAGUACGAAGCUCCUGUCAAGACUUUCAUGGAAAAGUAUAAGCCUGUUAUACUUCCUAAAAGUUAUUAACUCCACACCCCUGGAUUUUAAAUGAAAAUUGUAUUCAAUGUGGCUGCUUCUGUAAUUCCUGAGGGUGCCCCAAAUCCAUGGAUGGGAGAUAAAAAUCACCAGUGAGAUUUAAAAAACUAAAUAAAAUUAUGACCAAUGAAAAGAAGACACUUCUGAAGGAAACCUUUUCAGAAAAUGACAGUUUUAAAUUUUUAUUUAAUCUCUAGAAUCUAUUUUAUAGUCAAAGUUGAUGGAAAAUACCAAUACCACUGGAACAAUCACCUUUUAUAACUUGUACAACAUACUAAUAUAUGUGAGCUGAAAAGACUAGUGUCUGGGAAUAAUAAAAUGACAACCGAUUUGGUAAAUGCAAAAAGAGAAAUUGAGUCUACUUUAAUCUGAGUAAACACAACAGAAAGAUGAUCAGAAAAAAAAAAGCAUUGCGUUUGAUCAGCAUCUCUGUCUCAUAAAGUAUUAUGGUCUUUUUGGUAUUGCUUGGCUUGAGUUACAGAAUGUAAACUAGCGGGCAUGUUAUUGAUCUACUGAAGCUAACGGUUUUUUUUUAGAGAUUAAAGAAAACAUCAAUCAAAAUGUCAAGUUAUAUACAUCAGAAUAUAAGCCAUUUUUCACAUUUUAUUGUUAUAUAAGGAAACUGUGGUCAUAGAAUUGGUUGGGUUUCUGAGUUGAAAUCCACAGUAAGAUUACUGGGUAGUUCAGUGAGCUACAUACCUCAUAGCACUGAAAGAGGAUGUAGCUACUUUAUACUUUCCGUGACACUGGAGAGUAAGAUAUGCUUUUAAGAUGUAAAAUAAUAAGUGUUCAGAUCUGAAAUCUCUUGUCAAGAUAUGAGACCUGUGGCUCACAUCGUAAAACCCUUGAGGGUAACGGUGGGAAACAGUGAAGGCUUAUAUGAAAAAUGAAACCCUACCAGUAGCACAGAACCUCCAGAAAGUCUGAUAGUACCUCUUUAAGCACUUUCUGUUACAGAAGAGCAUCUAAUACAUCAGCUUCGAUCUAUUUCUUUAUACUCUUCAUAGCUGUUUGCUCAGUAUUACUUUGGAUUAUUAUCACUUUCCCACUUAAAAUAUAUGAAUAUCUUCUAUGCUUACUGAAAAAAAAAAGAUUCUUUUGAUAAUUUUGAAUUCAACUUCCAGUGAUGGCUUCAGUUUUGGAUCUGUUAACUUUUUAAAGGGAUCAGAGUCCGUCUUUGUCUUCUUAGUUAAGUCUUCACUCACUCAGAUGGGAAUACAAAAUGUGUCCUCAUUAUUCCCAGGAGCUAGAUAAGCAAGGAUCUUUUAACAUAGUUGAUAUCAUGGUGGUUUCAGGCACGUUUGGUGAUCUGAAUGGCAGGGAGUCUUCCUAAACAUUGGUUUAUGAAGGGGCUCUUGAGAUACUAACUAGGGCAGCUUUAGGGGGCAGAUCUCAGGUUUGGAGCCUGUUUCCUCCAGAGCAGCAGCCAUUUUCCUCUAUGAUAAUGAUAUGAUAAAAGGUGGGAUUUGGGGGAGCUUUUCUUCUCACAGAAGUUGCAUGUAUGGAAACUGACAAUUCAAGGCAUUUCUUCUGCAUAAACAGUUGUGCCUGGUGGAUAGUUCUUUGGAAUUCACUGGACUACAGUUUAGCAUUUCCUAAUGAAAAGAGGUAACAGUAUUUACCAAGCUUUUGUUAUAUUGGAUUAUUCAUAGUAGAAACUUA